GCGCAAACGACAGCAGAUGUGAGAGGUAUGAGCAUGCGAAUCACGAGCAGGAAUCAGCCGCGGCGAGUCCAUCCUGUUGGUUUACAAACCGGUAAACACUGAAUUUUUGUACCGACUAGCGUGAAUGGCUUUGAGACUUUCACAUUACGUAAAAAGAGAAUACCAGACGCAGAUUUAGCAAGCUACUUUAUCUCAACGGCCAUCCAACCCCUAAAAGCAAACAUUCAUAAAUCGGUGUCUUUUACUGCUAUGGAAUCUACAUCUAUGAAGGAGACUGAGCGAAACUGCGUUCUUUGCUGCCAAGAUCUCGAAAUCUUCGCGUUGGGAAAAUGCGAUCAUCCGGUGUGCUACUGCUGUUCUACAAAGAUGAGGGUUCUGUGCGAUCAAAAGUACUGCGCUGUAUGCCGCGAAGAGCUCGACAAGGUCAUCUUUGUGAAGAAUUUGGAACCCUUCGCGACACUCCCCCUACAGCAGUUUCAGUGUGAGAAGAAACACGACAUCUACUUCAGCGAUGGCAAGAUCUAUUCUGAGUUCAGGAGACUGCUGCUACCUGAGUGCCCACACUGCCCAGAGGCCAAGGUCUUCUCCAAGUUUGAGGAACUAGAGCAGCACAUGAGGAAACAGCACGAGCUGUUCUGCUGUAAACUCUGUACCAAACACCUGAAGAUCUUCUCCCACGAGCGGAAGUGGUACAGCCGCAGAGACCUGGCGCGUCACCGCACGCAGGGCGACCCUGACGACACCUCGCACCGCGGACACCCGCUCUGCAAGUUCUGCGACGACCGUUACCUUGACAACGACGAGCUACUGAAGCACCUGCGCAGAGACCACUACUUCUGUCACUUCUGUGAUGCAGACGGAGCUCAGGAGUACUACAGUGACUACCAGUACCUGAGUGAGCACUUCCGUGAGAGCCACUACCUGUGUGAGGAGGGCCCCUGCAGCACAGAGCAGUUCACCCACGCCUUCCGCUCCGAAAUAGACUACAAGGCCCAUAAGGCCUCUGCUCACAGCAAGAACCGGGCCGAGGCACGCCAGAACCGACACAUAGACCUGCAGUUCACAUACGCACCUCGCCAGCAGAGGAGGAACGAAGGGAUGCUGUCAGCAGAGGACUAUGAGGAGAUGAGAUCGUCCAGGUCAGGAAGGGGGCGGGUCCAGAGUAGCCAGCAGAACACCAGAGGCAGCUGGAGGUACAACCGGGAGGAGGAGGACAGGGAGGUGGCGGCUGCUUUGAGGGCGUCCAUGGCCGUGCGCAGACAGGAGGAGAGAGGAGCCAUGCAGGAGAGGAGUGCUCCCAAACACCGCAAGGAGGAGAGGAUGGAGAGAGGCGAGAGGAGCGACCGGAUGGAGAGAGGCGAGAGGAGCGACCGGAUGGAGAGAGGCGAGAGGAGCGACCGGAUGGAGAGAGGCGAGAGGAGCGACCGGAUGGAGAGAGGCGAGAGGAGUGACCGGAUGGAGAGAGGCGAGAGGAGCGACCGGAUGGAGAGGAGCGACCGGAUGGAGACAGACGACAGCAGAUACAGGACUGGUUCCAUCAAACCAACGUCUGAACCCCCAGUCAGGACCAUGAGGAGCAGCAGUGGCCUGGACGGACACGAGUUCCCAGCUCUGGGAGCCAUCGCCCCAAUACCCAUACUGAGUGUGAAGCCGGCUCCAGCAGUGGCCCCUCCCCCUAAAGCUCUGAAGGAGGACGACUUCCCCAGCCUCUCUGCUGCCAUGGCUACCACGCCCAUGGCGCCCGCGUACUCUGCCCAGCCCAGGAAGCACUCCUCCUUCCACGACGAGGACUUCCCGGCCCUGGUGUCCAGUAUCCGCCCCCCCAGACCCUCAGGGGGGCCCAGCUCUGCCUGGGCCCACGGAGGCACCAAACCAGCCAGCCAGCCUCCUCCCCCCUCUGGCCCCCAGACCCUCUCUUCCUCCUCUGCCUCCUUGCGGAAGAAGAAAAAGGGAGGGGAGAACCCGAGGCCCCAGCCCCCCCGCUCCCCCCCCUCCUCGGAGGAGGACGGCGGAGGCAGCAUGACUCGUCGCGAGUUCCGGGCGGUGCCCACCAUGCUGGACAUCUCCUCCCUGCUGACCGUCAGAGGGGCCGCGCCGCCCCCCGCCGCCCCCUCUCCCCCCAAACCCAGCGCUGGCGCCAAGCCUAACCCCGCCCCCAAAGCCGGCAAGAACAAAAAACAAAAGCAGCAACAGGCCACACCCCCUCCUUUGUUCUCAGGGAGCACGGCCGCUGUCUCCACGGAAACGGUCUCCAGGGUGGUUGCCGUGGCGCAGAAGGAGAAUGUGCCAGAGACCAGGCCGGCCGACGGCCACGCCCCCAAACCCCCUCCCGCCAUGAUGACGGCAGGUAAAGCGAGCGGAUUGGCUAACGGCUACGUGGACAAGCCAGCCUUUGUACCGUCCAUCUCCAAGCCUGUUGCCGUGGCAACCCCUCAGCCCCCCCCGCCUGCUGUCGAGGAGGAGGAGUUCCCAGCCCUCUCCUCCAAGAAGCCUCCUCCAGGAUUUAAGAGUUCCUUCCCCCUGAAAAGCUCCGCCCCUCUGAACACAAUGUCCCCGCCUCCACCUGGCCUAGGGAGCAUGCCCAGUAAACCCCCUCCAGGGUUCACUGGCGUCCCCCUCAACAGCAAUGUGGUAGAGCCUGACCCCCCUGCAUCUGACAGAUCUCCCCAGCUGCCAGUGACCUACCUGGUUCCUGAGAACUUCCAGCAGAGGAACAUAGAGCUGAUCCAGUCCAUCAAGAACUUCCUGCACAAUGACGAGUCCCAGUUUAACCAGUUUAAGAACUACUCUGGCCAGUUCAGACAGGGUCUGAUGUCAGCUGCCCAGUACCACCACAGCUGCAAGGACCUGCUGGGGGAGAACUUUGGCCGCAUCUUCAACGAGCUGCUUGUCCUGCUGCCAGACAGCAGCAAGCAGCAGGAGCUGCUGAGCGCCCACGCUGACUCCAGAGCCCUGGAGAGGCAGCAGGCAGGGGCCGGGGUGGCAGGGGCCGGGGUGGGCCGGGCCCGCAGGAGCAAGAAGAGCGCCUGGCAGACCCCCAUCUCUGCUAACGCUAACGCAGCAGAGCUGGACUGCCAGAUCUGCCCCACCUGCCGACAGGUGCUGGCCUCCAAAGACUUCAACUCCCACAAGACCUUGCACAUGGGCGAGAACGAGGAGUUCCCCUCUCUGCAGGCCAUCAGCCGCAUCAUCAGCUAGCCCACCCUACUGCCUCGGCCCGUACAGCCAAUCCCACUGCCCAAAUGGAGCCCAGAGGUAGUGUGUUUCCAGGGUUACCAUGCCAGAGAGGAUACUGGGACAUGUAGUUCAGUGAGGGGAUGGAGGUUUUUUUUUUGUUUUUUUUAAGGUCGGGGUUGGAAUUUAUCUGUAAGUGAAAGGUUGACCAUGUAACCACAGUUUGAAAUAGAUGAGGCUGUCAGAUAUUGUUCAACUAUACCAUGUGUUUACACUGGUGCUACAACACAAGCACAGACCUAACUGGCAACCCAAACUCUGGCGGUUUAUAAAACAAGACUAAUGCUUUACUUGAAGAGUAUGACAACUGUUCUGAAAGAGUUCUUUUUUUCCCUCUGUUCAUACCUCCCUAUUUUCUUUCCUUCUCUGAGCUUUGCUCUUCACAUGUCCAGGAGACAAGGGUGACGUAAAGCACUUAUUACAUUUAUCUGGAUGAAAAUGUACAGAGAAAUCGGCUACCUGUUUUACUUACCACAGAGGAAGAGAGAGAGAGAGAGAGCGGUGACGAGGCCUGGGUUGGGACCCAUUUCAUAAUCCACUCAUGCAGUCCCACCUCCAGCCUCACUGUGCUGUGUUCACACAGGGAAGGUCCUGAACAGCCUCACUGUGCUGUGUUCACACAGGGAAGGUCCUGAACAGCCUCACUGUGCUGUGUUCACACAGGGAAGGUCCUGAACAGCCUCACUGUGCUGUGUUCACACAGGGAAGGUCCUGAACAGCCUCACUGUGCUGUGUUCACACAGGGAAGGUCCUGAACAGCCUCACUGUGCUGUGUUCACACAGGGAAGGUCCUGAACAGCCUCACUGUGCUGUGUUCACACAGGGAAGGUCCUGAACAGCCUCUGGAGCCAGGUGUCACAGACUGGAGCCAGGUGUCUGACUCUUGAAUGUGUCCUGCAUCUUACUGGUCCCUCCUCUGCCUGGUCACAGAAACAUGGAAGAAAGCACCUCUCAUUGUUGUCACCUGGGAGUCAUCAGAAGUGUUCAUAUUUUUGCCCAAACUGAUUAAAAUGGCUUCUUUCCCUUGA